UCCACGUCAGCACACUCGCGUUAUCUCAGAUUAUCUUCCCGAACACAAAGUGCUGUCUCUCUUCUCAACCUUACGCUCGAAUCCAUCACAAUGACUACAGUUCCCUCCGGCUUCCUCUCUUUCUCUCCGGCGCUGCUCCAUGCGAAACCUCGACGACCCUUUCUCAAUUUCAGAAACCGCUCCAAGUCUCUUCUCUUAGUGUCAGCAUCACUGACCAACAACAUAGAAGCAGACACAACAACAGUUCAAGAAACCAAUUCGAUUUCUGAUUCGUUGCGUAACGUUACUCUGUUGGCAGAUUUAGAUCCAGGAACAGCUAAGGUGGCGAUUGGUAUCUUAGGACCAGCUUUAUCAGCUUUUGGGUUUUUAUUCAUCUUGAGGAUUGUUAUGUCUUGGUACCCGAAGCUUCCUGUUGAUAAGUUUCCUUACGUUUUGGCUUAUGCUCCGACAGAACCAAUCCUUGUUCAGACAAGGAAAGUGAUUCCACCUCUUGCUGGUGUUGAUGUUACUCCUGUUGUUUGGUUUGGGGUUUUGAGUUUUCUUAGUGAGAUUUUGGUUGGUCCUCAGGGGCUUCUUGUUCUUGUUUCUCAACAACAAGUUAGCUAAGGAAUGAUUCGUUUUGGUAUGAUCUUUACUGUUUAUAUCUAUCUGUAUAUGUCCUCUGUUCUCUUUUUGAGACUUAUAGAGAUGUUGUGGCACACAAUGUUCACACAUGACUGGCUUAUAUGAUUCUUCGGUUAUGACCUUCUUCUUGGGUGAUACCGAUCAAGAUUUGCUGUUUUAAGGUUUGUUUUUAUCUA